GACCUUGCGACUUCUACGGGUUUUGUCGCAGCAGCCGAAAGCGCCGAAGUCCGAUCCGAAGUGACCGUACCUCGCUCGGCUCUUUAUCGGUACGCUGCUGAAGCUUCGGCGAUUAGUGACUUGUGUGGCGAGGUGAUGCGUGUGUGUUGAAACUGCGAUCAAUACUUCAGCAGCCAUGCACUCUUCGGUGGGAAGAAUCGUCUCCGAUGUCUUCAAUGGACAUAAGAGAUGCAUCUUCGCAGUUAUUAGCAAGCGAAAUGCCUCAGAGGCUACCUUCCAAACCAAGCCGUACAAGCUGCACAAAUUGGACAAAGGACCAUCGACCGAUGUUACCUGCACAAGGGAGGACGGACUGAAGUUUUACAAGCAGAUGUUUGCAAUUCGUCGCUUGGAAGCGGCGGCAAACAGCUUGUACAAAUCUAAAAUCAUCAGGGGGUUCUGUCACCUAUAUUCUGGCCAGGAAGCCUGUGCUGUGGGUAUGGAGGCAGUCCUCGAAAAGGGGGACAGCGUCAUAACAGCGUACCGUGCACAUGGCUGGGCUUAUCUGCGAGGUGUGAGCAUACCCGGCGUUCUCUGUGAACUAACUGGACGAGAGCCUGGCUGCUCUAGAGGCAAGGGCGGUUCGAUGCACCUUUACUGUCCCGACUUUUUUGGAGGAAAUGGCAUUGUUGGUGCGCAGGUCCCACUGGGAGCCGGCGUUGCUCUGGCCCAUCAGUACCUCGGCACGGACCGAGUCUGCCUGACGCUGUACGGGGAUGGUGCAGCCAACCAGGGUCAGGUGUUUGAGGCCUACAACAUGGCUAAGCUAUGGAACCUGCCCUGCAUUUUUAUCUGCGAGAACAAUGGUUUUGCCAUGGGAACGAGUGCAAAUAGAGGUGCUGCCUCUACAGACUACUACACUCGGGGCGACUACGUCCCGGGUCUCUGGGUGGAUGGCAUGGACGUGCUGGCCGUGAGAGAGGCCACCCGGUUUGCCGUAGACAUGUGCCGCAAGGGCAAGGGACCCUUGGUCAUGGAGGUGGAAACUUACCGGUACUAUGGUCACAGCAUGAGUGAUCCUGGAACAAGCUAUCGUACGCGAGAAGAAGUACAGGAAGUGAGGCAAACGAGGGACCCAAUCACACACUUCAAGGACAAGCUCAUCAGCGCGCAGUUGGUUACGAGUGAUGAGAUAAAGAAAGUGGAGUCCGAGGUGAAGGCCGAAGUGGAUGCAGCCACGGAAAUGGCAAAGACGAGCAGGGAAGUUCCCCUUGAAGAACUGUACGGCGACAUCUACGUCAAUCCGCUGGUCACGAAAAUUCGUGGAACCACCCCAUUCACAGAACACAAGCACAUGCGGGUGAACCAGCCGUUCAACCUCAAGUGACGGCGCUGCAAGUAGUGACGAUUCUCUAGGGUCUUAUUUAUUGCCCCGGACAUUUUCUUUAACCCCCUGCCACAUUUGCUCUCCACUUUCUAAAACUAAAAGUUUACUUUUAUCUUUUCUUUACACAUUCACACAUUAAUUUCAUGCUUUUCCACUUCUGCCUUCUUUUGUGGCUCAUUUAAAGGGAGCGCUUCCCGAGCAGUCCCUAAGACGAUGCAUCUGCUGAGAAGGCGUUUCAUCUGGCUAUCUUGGCAGAAGAAAACAAGAUAAUUGCAGGCAUCAGUGUGAAAAUAAAUAGGCUGUCCCCUUACAA